AUUUCGAUAAUUUCAUUUACAUGUUACUGCCGUAUAACGAGAUGCCACCGAAACGUGCAAAGACGCAGGAAUUGGCAGACAUGGUCCGAACAAAGAGGUCUAGAACCAACAUGCAAACAUCUCCACCGCCAGAGCAGGGGGGAUCAGGUGCUGUAGACCUGCAUCACAACAUGCCGCCACCACCACCGGCAGAACAAGAAUCGGGUGUUGUUAAUCCACCACAGCCAGGACAAGGAGAAUCAGGUCCCUGUAAUGUAUGGAUAUUGGGUUCAUCUUUAGUACGUGGUGCAUAUCAGAGGUUAUGUUACAGGCCUGACGGUAUAAAUCUAGGACUUUACAAAUCUAUAGGGGCGAAGUUAUUGUGGGAUUUCAUGGGCGGAAUGAGAAUACACCAUCUUGAACAGUCAGUAGGAUACAUUUUAGAGUUUAAUGAAACACCCGACUACUUAAUUAUACAUUGUGGAGGCAAUGACAUUGGCAGUAUGACAUCAGCCGCGAUAAUUGGCCAGCUAAGGUGCAUUUUGAACAAACUGCAUUUAAAGAUGCCUGAAACAAAAAUUAUAUGGUCCCAGAUCCUUCCUCGGCGUACAUGGAGGUACGUUGAGGUACAUCAAGCUGAAAGAGCAAGGAAACGAAUAAACAGUGCUAUAAGUACCUAUGUUAUUAGGCAUGGUGGCCAUUUAAUAAAAUAUCCAGAUAUAAAAGAUAAUCCACAAAUGUUUGACAAUGAUGACACUCAUCUUUCACCAAUGGGCUAUGACAUCAUGUUGAACACAAUUUCAGGAGCAAUCUAUUAUUUCCAUACCACAAAACAGCCUGUUUUUCCUCCAUUGCAGUGACUAAUUGAUUCGUUCGUUUAGUAAUAAAGCUGUCUUAAUAAAAAUCUCACGUAUUAUCAAAUUGCUAACGACUGAUUAAUUGAAUUAUUGAUUGACUGAUUAAAUGAUGUUUUACAGUUUA